GUAAAAGUGUGUAACAUCUGAGAUGUAUAAUGAAGCUUAUGUUUUGCUUUUGCAGUAUGAUUAUGUGUUUAAGGAGGAGAAAGCACCAUGGGUAACAAAACAGGUCAGUGCUGACCCUAUUGAGGAUAACUGGUUAUCAUUACCCACUGAGUUGGAUUCUAAAGAAGCUGAUGUAUCUUGUGAAGAUGGCAAGACAUUAACCUUGAAGCAGGAAACAGAAGUUUUGCUAUUGGACGUUACUCAGCUAAUUAAGCGACUGGAGGCUGAUCGUGAGGAGGCAGAAAAAGCUUUGGAGUUGGAAAAACAGCUAGGGAAAAAGCUUAGCAUGAAAAUGGAUUGCUUGUCACUUUGGAGGCUUCAGCAGCUCUCUGAAGCCGUGCAAAGAGAAUAUGAUAUGUGUGCUCAAGAUAUCUUGGAGCUACAAUGGCAUAUCGAUUGUAAAAGACAUCAGCUGCAACAGAUACAAACCCAAAUACUUCCAAUAGAAACAGACAAUAGAAAGAUUCAGGAGGAUAUAGACUUGAUGAAGAAACACAGCCAUCUGCUGGAAGAAAAGCUGAAUCUAGAGGGUGAAGCUGUGAAGGAUGUGUUACUGGCUUAUGAAAAGGCAUCAAAAUUAUAUAGUGAUGUUUGUUGUGAACUCACGGAAAUUCAAAAGACAAUGAAAGACAUUGAUGAAGAAUCUGAAAAGAAGAUAAAAUCUAUGUCUGAGGAAACUAAAUGUGCUGAGACGCUAUUGCAUCAAUACAAGAAUGAGUUAAAGCAGUCUGAAUUUAUUUGGACUGAAUACUGUAUGAAGUUAAAAGAAACAGAGGAGAAGAUUAUAAAGGAUGAAAAACACCUUGAGGAGUUAGUGAAGCAAAAAGCAGAAAUCCAGGAAGAUGCAGAAUAUUGGAACAGCAAAAUAGAAGAUUUGAAUAAUAAAAUGGCUUCCCAAGGAGAUGAAAGUGUAAAAAUAUCAGAUGCUUCCUCUGAAGUAGUUAAAGCUGUGGAAGAAUUAAAAUCCACUGAGGAAAGGGAUCUACUGGAUAUAAAGCAAAAUGUUCUCAAUAUUAAUGAAGCAUUGGACAGUUUGAAAUGUGAAAAUGAAGAACUUGAACAAGAAAAUAAAGAGUUAUCACAAAUAAUUGGAAAUAGUUCAACAAGAAAGCAAGCAUAUGAGUCAGAAAUCGAAACUAUCUGCAAAAGCAUAAGUAAGACUGAACAGCGUCUAGAAAGACUAAAUGAAGAUGUCUCUAAUGCUGAGUUGUCCUACAGUGAAAUAAAAAAAAAGUACGAGGAAUUGAAAAAAAACAAAAUUACAGAAGAAAUCUCUUUCAAGAAUUCAGAGUUGGAUCUUAAAAAAGAAAUUCAAGCUCAAAAAGGUGUUUGGAAAGUGAUUCAGGACAGGAUUAAAUCAAUAUAUGGUGAGCUAGAGGAAGAGCAAAAAGAGAAACUCAAGAAAACGAAGGAAGAUAUGAAGAAGAUAGAAGAGAUUGAUAGACAAGUAGCUGCUAUAGAAGAAAAAUAUAAAAGAAAAAAAGAUAUAUCUAAAGACAAGCAUGAGAAGCUUUCCUGUUUGAAUCAGAGAAUACAAGAGCUAGGUAAGAAGCAGGAGCAAACUGAGCAACAACUGGAAGAAAAAAGAACUAUUAUGCAGCAACAAUUAAAUGAUACACAGGAAAAAAUUUCAUUUGUUUCCAGUCAGAUUGAUGAAAAUUCUCACACUGUGGAAAAUUUAAAAACUGAACUUAAAGAAAUACAUGAGUUAUGUGACACUAAGCAAGCAGAGAUGGAAAAAACAGAACAAUCUUCUGCUGAUUUGCGGCGAAUGUCAAGUGGUGUGGUGAUUAUGGAGCAAAAUGUUCAAAUGGUGUUUAAUCACCUCAAAGAUGAGCUAGCAGAAUAUGAGAAAAGGUUAAAUCAGGAAGAAAAAACAUAUGGAGAAUUACUACAGAUUAGAAAGAAAAAACUGAGAGCUUCAGAAAGUUGA